AUGCCGAUCAAAGACACGCUAUUUUCAUUGGAAGACAAUCAAAGGCAGGUUAUACCAGCGUUGUCGGGCUUCAAAAUCAAACUACGCGAGGACAGUGUCCCACGUGAAUGUUCAGUUGGCUAUUGCCAAGUUAUUGAAGCCAGUCCCACAGAACUUCCCACAAUGUAUACAGUGUUGCAAAGAUCUUUACAAAUGGCUGACCAGCUAGGGCAACAUGAAGUAAUCGUUGUUUUCGAUCAAGCGAUCUACGCAAAAGCACUUGAAGUACUAUGGCAGAACAAGGACCAGUUUCAGCGAUCGGUUGUCCGGAUUGGCUCCUUUCAUACCAUCUGUGCCUUCCUUGCUGCUAUUGGCAAGCGAUUCGGAGAUGCCGGCCUUGCAGAUGUUUUGGUUGAAAGUGGUAUCGUGGGCUCAGGAUCUGUGGCUGGGGUUAUUGAAGGUCGUCACUACAACCGAGCUGUACGUACACAUAAGGUACACAUAGCUUGAUUAGGUCUUUAUAGAGCUGAGUGGAUAAUAUCUUGAUGAUUCCUACUGGAUCAUAACUUCACUUUCAACUUUUUUAAUCGAUGCUAGUAAAUAAAAUAAACAAAUUUUUUGAACCUUUUGUUAUUUUAGAUUGUGUUUGAAGCAAUGCACCGACUACAGUGGAUGGGUUUCAAGUCAUGGCUGCAACGUAGUGGUCACCGUGGCAACCGCAUGAUCCUUGUCAGUGCCAUAGAGGACAUCCGCAAAGAGUUUAGCACAGAGAAAUUUAACAGGCUGCUGUCCAUGCCGCAUUUCCUAGAAAUUUUCAAUCUUUACAAGGAAUACUGUAAAGAAGACAAUGGUCCGCUAAAGGUGUUUUGGAAUAGCUACCUGGAGAUGGUGGAGGUGCUGAUAAAUUUCGUAAGAGCAACCAGGGAAGGGAACUGGGCCAUGCAUCUUGAAGGCAUCAAGGAGAUGCUACCAUGGUUCUUCGCCUACGACCAUACUAAUUAUGCUCGUUACCUUCCAGUGUACUUAGCCCACAUGAUGUUGCUACCAGAAACUCACCCAGAGGCACAUACCCUCCUGUUAAAUGGUGAUUUUGGAGUCCAACGAACAACAUUACAUGGAUUUUCACAGAUACCUGUAGAUCAAAUAAUUGAGCAGACCCUGAACAGAAGCACUAAGACAAAGGGAGGAAUUGUUGGGUUCAGCCUGAGGAAAGGUGCUGUACAGCGAUGGAUGAUUACCGCUCACUCCAGUGCUGCUUUCUUAGACAAGUGUCGGAAGAUGACAGCAAAUGUUCAAGAAAGCCAACCCAGACUGCACAAAGAGGCAAGCCCAGCUCGCAUGAAAAGAGAUGAAGACGACGUAAAGAAAGUUUUCGAAGUAAUCAGCAACUGGCGCAACCCGUUUGAACCAUCUGAGGAACUUCUUAGUCUUAGCUCUGGGUAUGUUGCCAGUGAAAGUAUGAAGGCCGACCUGCUCCUGGCAAAAGAGAAGGGCACAACAGCUUUGACGGCCUUCGUAGAAGAAAGACUGGUGACAAAUUCAACAGGAGUCUUUCAAACACUCCCCAAACUAAAGCUAGGAAGUUUCCGUGAUGCACAGAAGAAGACCUCUGUAACAGCAGGAGACAGGAACUUCAUAAUCAGAGCCGACAGGAACUUAUUUGCCCACCUCCUAGUCAUUGGACAGAGUCGCCAGAUGGACCUCAAAGAUUUGCUGAGUCACGAGCUUGGUCCCCUUCCAUGGUCGCUGGCUUCAUGCGAUGGUUCAUUAGCCAAGACAAACAAAGCAAUUCUUUCCAAGCUACUCGAAAAUGGAGUAGAAUGCCUGCCGACUUUACCUGAUCUGACAACAGCUGUCAUCAUAGACGCCAUGGUGAUGCUGCAGACGCUAGUAAGGAUACCUGAUAGAUUUUCUGAGCUGGCAGACAUGGUGAUGACCAGAAUUCUGAUAGAGGCUGGAGAGGCAGCAAGAAUCGACUUUGUAGGAGAUCAAUAUCCAGCUAACUCAAUUAAAAACACCGAGAGGAACAAGCGAGGCAGAGAUGGUGAGAUAGUCAUCAACAUUACCAAUGGUCAAUAG